AUGCAUUUCCUCCUCCUCGGCGCCAGUGGACGGACCGGCCAGCACGUCGUAUCUGAAUUACUCUCUCAAGGUCACACAGCGGUAGCCCUUGUGCGUACCUCUAGCAGCCUCGUGCCUCGCCCUGGCCUCACCGUCGUCACUGGCUCGCCGUUAUCGAAACCAGACAUACGCAGUGCUCUUAUCGCAGCACCUCUAUCACCUUCCGCAGCCAUCAUCACAUUGAACACAGUCCGCAAGUCCGACAGCCCAUUCGCAGCUCAGCUAUCCCCUCCUCGCUUCCUAGCCGACUCGUGUGCCAAUGCCUGCGAGGUUCUGGAGCAGGCCGGCAUAUAUCGCGUGGUAGUGAUGUCGACAGCAGGUGUUGGGGAUUCAUGGGGUAACUUACCGCUGUUGAGCAAGGCAUUCAUGGGGUGGACCAACGUCAAGUACGCGCUCGAGGAUCACGGCCUUGUAGACAAGGAGAUUCGGCUGACGAAGAUGAAUUGGACACUUGUACGGGCUGUGAGGCUGCAAUUCGACGAUCAGAAGUCAACCAACAUGAAGGUGGACGUGAAAACGCUGGGCAGUAAGGGCGUUGGAAUGAGUUUGACCGACAGCGUGAGUGUUUCUAGUGUGGCGAGCUUUCUUGCCAAGGUUGCGGUCGAAGGACUCUUCAACCGAAGCGCAGUGGUUGUGACCAAUUGA